GAAAUUGGGCGAACCCAUCUGCAGAGGAUUGGAGCUUCUCAUUUAUUUGUAUCCAUCCUACUUUCUGCUUUCUACCAUCUUCUCAGACAACAACACACCUCCAAACCCCUAAUUGCUUCGUGUUAAUUAUUUUCAGAAGAUACAAGAGACAAUAUAUAUAUAUAUAUAUAUAUAGAGAGAGAGAGAGAGAGAGAGAGAGAGAGAGGAAUAAUACAUAUAUAUAUAUUCAUAUAUGAUGAUGGGAGGAAAUGGCGAGGUAUCAGUGCCACCAGGGUUUCGAUUCCAUCCGACAGACGAGGAACUGCUGUGUUACUACCUCAGAAAGAAGGUCUCCUACGAACCCAUCGACCUCGACGUUAUCAGAGAAGUCGAUCUAAACAAACUUGAGCCAUGGGACAUCAAAGAGAAAUGUCGGAUAGGGUCGGGGCCCCAGAACGAGUGGUACUUAUUCAGCCACAAAGACAAGAAGUACCCGACCGGAACCCGCACGAACCGGGCCACGGCCGCCGGUUUCUGGAAAGCCACCGGUCGAGAUAAGCCCAUCCACCUCUCCAGCUCGAACCGGAUCGGCAUGAGAAAAACCCUGGUUUUCUACACCGGUCGAGCCCCCCAGGGCCACAAAACCGAUUGGAUCAUGCACGAAUAUCGCCUGCACGACGAUGACACUGUUGCUCACCCCCAAAUCCAAGAAGAGGGUUGGGUGGUCUGCAGAGUGUUCCAGAAGAAGAAUCAAAGCAGGGGAUACAACCCGGACGAAGAUCAGCCGGUCGUGUCAUUCCAACCGGAGCGGCCCAACCACCACAAUGUCCCCGACCAAACCCGGUUCAGCAGCUUCGGAUUUGAUCCGAACCAUUCGAUCCACCUUCCGCAGCUGAUGAGCCCCGAAUCGGCGGUCCCGGCCACGUUCCUGUCGUCGCUGUCGUAUUUGAGCAGCUGCAACCUGGACUUGCAGUCCCCACAGAAUCUACUCAAGCUGUCAUCAGGCGGUCCCGGGACCUCCGCCGCCGCCCCGCACCAGGACUGGUCGUUUCUCGACAAGCUAUUGGCCACGAACAUGGACCACGUCGGGAAAUGCCACCAGUUUUCUCAGAUUAAUGAUUUGGUCCCUCAGGGCCAGAGGUUUCCAUUUACUUAUAAUGGAUUUGAAUCUGACGUCUCCAAGUAGAUCGAACUUGCAUGUUUGAUCGACAUAUAUAUAUAUAUACAUAUAUGCUACAAUCAAUCCAGUGUAUUGGAGAUGAAUAUUCGAUAUUAACUAAUUCUGCAAUUUCUUAAUUAAUUCAGAACAUCGGAAAUUUAUAUAUAUAUAUUGUAUAUUACAACACUGAGAUGAUUAAACAUAAUUCACAGGGUAACGCGAAAUUUAGAACUAUUAUUACAUAUAUGUGUGUGUGUGUGGAGGCGGCGG